ACGAUGACGAUGCGGCUGCACGUCCACCGCUAGACGGCUUUUUGCUGGAUAUAUAUGUUAAGGACCAGGACAUCCCGGCUGGACAGAACCCAUCCCUUUUGCGCUGGACGACCCCCGGUUACUUGUUUCCUCCCCUCUGGCGGAAUUUUUGGAACAGUACUUUUGGAGCCUAUCUUCAUCACCCAUCCACCUAUCUAUCCUCUUGGAGCGCGCACGCGGCGAGUGCAUUGUCAUCUGCCCACACAGUGUAUCCGCUGUGUAUGCAGUGGCAUUCCCUCUCGUCGCGCGCGCUGUACUACUGUCCUCUCACCGUCCUCGCAAUGCUCAUCUAUCAUCCGUAAUCUACAGUCACUAAUUACAUGUUGCCCGUGUCUUGUGUGUGUUGUGCUCCUGAUAUUUACUUACCUCCCCCGUUGUACUUGAGCGCUUACCUCCUAGGAUUCCGUUACCUCCUCUGCUGCUUUAUCUGAUGACCAUGUAUGUAGCAAAUACGAAUAUUUAUGCGGCGCGUUGGCCUGCGUAACAUACUCAAAUGGCCGAUUGGGGAGGAUGAUAGCCGACGAGUAGAGAGCAGGAGGCGUUCGGUGGUGGCGCGAGUGUGUUGGUGGUUGCUUGUACCAGUGGUGUACACUCACGUGAAUGGAUAAACAACCGUGGG